AUGACCUGUAAAGCAAGAAAGAUUAAUAAGUUAUUUGGAUACGAAUACGAUCCUGUGACACUAAAAAAGAUUAAGGGUAUAGAUUACGUGACUUCGAAAACCGUUAACAAUGUUAACGAUCAGAAUUUAGUGACAUUAGAAACGACAGAAAAAGCAUUAUUAAUACCUCAAAUCGCUCCAGCUAAGGUAGACGAUGAUGAUGGUUUUGAUAAAAUGCUGAUGGAAGCUUUUGUGGAAGAAGAGGCUAGGAUGGAGGAAGAAA